GAGGACGAAAAUCAUGAGCGAAAGAAAGCUCGAGUUCGUAAUGAAGAAAGAGAGCCUAGUUACUCUCAAGGAAAUGGGAAGUUGGAAAAGAAAAAUAGAAAUAAUUUGAAAAGAGAGUAUGGACAUGUUCAGAACUCAAUCGCAGCCACCUCAAGUUCUUCUAAGAUUUCUGAUUCUCAUAAACCCAGGAACAGCUCCCAGGAAGCUAAAUGUUCGCCUGUUGAGUCGGUGUCUUCCUCACCUAUGAGGAUUUCCAACCCCGAGAAAGGUAUAUCUGCGAGAAAGAAGAAAGAAGAAUCUGAUGAUGCUAACGUCGUUGCAGCAGGUAGUUUCAGAAGAUUCUCAGAUGGUGAAGGGGAAGAUGGUGGUGGGAGUGAUAGAUCGCAAACGCGGAUGAAGGACAAACAUGGAUCCCAUGAGUCUUCCGUGCUUGAUGGUUGGGAUGAUAAAGGAUCUUUGAAAACCAAAGAGCGCGUUGAUCCUUCUCUCGAUGCUAAUUAUGAGAAUGGUGGCCACAAGGAUAUACCUCGAAAACUGGAUCAUAUUGUUGGUGAAGGAAAGCAGUCUAGCGAUCAUCAUCGACGUAGCAAUGAUUCAUUGGCAAAGAAGUCAGGAAAAGGUUCAUCUUCUCGGUCCAAAGACAAGAACCAAAGCAUUAGGUCUGAUUUACGGGAUGGUCCGAGACAUAUUGAAAAGAAAAUAUAUGAUGGUAGUCCUGACAGUAGAGCAGAUAUGGUCGUGAGACCAAACAUUCCAAAACCUUACGACUCCGAAAGAGUAUCAGAAAGGGGUAAUAGAGAUAGAGCAGAUUUAGCUUCUCCAUCAAGGCCACCAUCCAGAGGUGUCCAAGGGGAUUCGUCUAUGCUUUCUGUCCGUAAGAAAGUCGAUAAAUGCAGCACAUCAGCUGGAAAUAAUAAUAUUCAAGCUGAUGAUGUGACAAAGACAACAUCCCAAAUAAGAAGGAAAAGUGAGCCUUCUCCAAGCCCCUUACGAAAGGAAGUAACAUAUGCGCAGGCCGCCCAUAAUACUUUAAAAGAAGCUAAAGACUUGAAACAUACAGCUGACCGUCUCAAGGGUUCUGUAUCAAACCUUGAGCAGAUUGAGUUUUACUUCCAAGCUUGCCUUAAGUUUCUUCAUGGUUCUUUUCUCUUGGAGAUGAGUAGCAACGAGAGUGCUAGACAAGGAGAGACAAUGGUCCAAUCUAUGAAGAUUUAU